AAAGUGAUAAGUAAACCGCCGUUGAUUUCACACAGUGAGGCCUCUUUUCACAAUGUGUCUCCUCAAAGAAUGUGUCAAAUUUGUCGUAUUUGCAUUCAACUUAAUCUUCGUGAUCGUUGGCGCAGCCCUCAUCACUGUAGGUGCAAUCUACCUAGUGAAUUUUACCGAUGUAACUAACGCCAUCCCGGAACUUUACAACGAGAUCAAGUUGAUUCCCAUUUUAACAGUUGUUAUAGGCGGUGUUAUUUUCCUUAUAUCGUUCUUCGGCUGCUGUGGGGCUAUUAGAAGUAGUUCGUGUCUUCUAACUACAUAUGCUGUGAUUCUUCUAAUCAUCUUUAUCUUACAAAUCGCUCUGGGAGUGUUCGCCUUCUUAGAAAUAAAAGACGAAAAGGAUUUCCAAACGAACGUGGAUAAAACUAUCGAUCAAAUCUUCCGCAAGACGGAUAAUGCAAGUAUGGAAGUAAGAGACUUUAUACAGAAGGAGCUUCAUUGUUGUGGCACUUAUGGUCCGCUCUUUUACGCAGAAAUUCGCGAACAGGUACCACCCUCGUGCAAGAAAGACAACAUCAUACCUUAUACAGCUGGGUGUCAGAAAACAUUUUUCGUUUUCUUGAAAGAUGCUGCUAGAAUUAUAGGAAUCGUGGUUUUGGCUUUAGCCGCUACUGAAGUUGUUGGAGCCACGUUCUCGUUAUGUCUAGCAAAUUCCAUAAGAAAUGGAGUGAGAAGGAGUGGCUAUUACUAAGUGCGUAGUAAGAUAAAUAUAUUACAUAAGAUUGUUUUUAUAACUUUGCCAAUAUAAUUGUGUUAUUAA